AUGGGAGGAGAGUCGUUUCAUGUCAUAGCUCUUGAUCUCAUUAUCCGUAAAUGUAUAUGUAAACAUGAAAGAUCACAAUAUACCCCAAAAUUAUUGAUUUUAAGCCACUUGGAUUCUAAUAACGAAGAAAGCGAUGAUGAAUUGGUAAUACAAUUCCAAACGGAGGAAUUUCAUAGCGAAGCGCAAAUUACACAUAAAAAAUGUUUUGAUUGCGAGAAUUUUAGGACUAAUUUUGCUUGGUGCCACUCUUGUGAAACUACCCGGUUUAAGGAAAACUUUCCAAAUUGGACAACUGGCAAUUUGCAGCUUGAUUUAAUUAUACAAAAAAGCCAAGUCGAAGCAAAUGUAAGCGGCGAUUAUCUUGAAUAUAUCUCUUACGAUCAAUUUGAGCUGAUUGAAUUUCACAAAGCUGGAGCAUUUA